UACAACCUCAGACAUGGUUCCGUGAACCGACACAUGGCAGCUAGCAGCCAUGAACCAAAAAAACAACUCAGCGAAAACUGACCAUGUCUAAGUAGCAGCAUUAUCUCGUUUCUUUCGAAAUUAUUCCAACUCCGGCAGAACCGCCGCUGCCAACCGGUUGCCAGUCACUGUCGGGGGGAGAGGCGCACUGCAACCCCCUUCGGAUUAAUUUCCUCCGAUAUUUCGCUUUUUUUUAACUGUCACUUUUAAGUUUCCGUCUCUUCAAGCAGACGCUCAACAUGGGUGUUCAAGGUUUCCAAGAGUACAUUGAAAAGCACUGCCCCAGCGCUGUGGUGCCGGUGGAGCUUCAGAAGCUGGCCCGGGGGAGUAUGGUCGGAGGUGGUCGUCAGAGACCCCCUCAGACUCCGUUGAGACUGCUGGUGGACGCCGAGAACUGUCUCCACCGGCUGUACGGAGGCUUCUACACCGACUGGGUCAGCGGGGGCCAGUGGAACCACAUGCUGGGCUACCUGGCCGCCCUCUCUAAGGCCUGCUUCCACGGCAACAUUGAGCUCCUGGUCUGCUUCAAUGGCGCCCUGGAGAAAGGCCGUCUUCACGAGUGGGUCAAGCGACAGGUGAACGAGAGGCAGACCGCCCAGCAGAUCAUUAGCCACGUCCAGAACAAGGGCACCCCGCCGCCCAAAGUCUGGUUCCUGCCUCCCGUGUGCAUGGCGCACUGCAUCCGACUGGCGCUCCUCAGGUUUCGCGUCGGGGUUGUCCAGAGCAUCGAGGACCACCACCUGGAAGUGAUAGCCUUAUGCAGGGAGAACGGCUUCCACGGCCUGGUGGCCUAUGACUCGGACUACGCUCUGUGCAACAUCCCAUACUACUUCAGCGCACACGCCCUCAAACUGAGCCGCAACGGCAAAAGCCUCACUACCAGCCAGUACCUGAUGCACGAAGUGGCACGGCAGCUUGAUCUCAACCCAAACCGUUUUAUCAUUUUUGCGUCACUUUUAGGAAAUCACAUGCUGCCUGAUGAAGACUUGGCUGCCUUUCACUGGAGCUUACUUGGUCCAGAGCAUCCAUUAGCAUCUUUGAAGGUGCGUGCCCACCAGCUUGUGCUCCCACCCUGUGAUGUUGUGAUCAAAGCUGUGGCCGACUACGUCCGCGACAUCCCAGACAUCGCCGACCUGGAGGCCAUUGCUAAGGACAUCUUCAAGCAUUCACAGUCGUGCUCUGAUGACAAAGUCAUUCGCUUCAAGAAGGCAGUGGAGUACUACUCAGUGGCCAGCAAACCCCCUCACUUCCCUCCACACUUAGUCAGACCAAAACACAUGGGAGUGCCUGCUGCAGUGCCAUCUCAGAAAAUGCUCAACAUUCCACAGGUGCCGCUGCCUGUAAAGCCUGGGGUCCAGCACUCAUACCCAGAGUCUCUGGUAGAGCGCAGCCUGGCUCUGGACUCUCUGGAGAGAGGGCCCCCGGAGCAGAACAGCUGCAGCAACAUUCCUCAAGAAGGGAAGCACACACCGCUGUAUGAGAGGUCCUCUCCCAUCAACUCGGGCCAGGCCGGCAGCCCCAACCACACAGAGUCCUCGACGUCCUCCUCCUCGGAGAAUGAAGAGAGCUCAGGCACAACUGCCAAUCAUUUUAAUGACCAUAAGGGAGGAUGGGAGAAAAACGGGCAUACUUCACAUUCUGAAAACACACCAGAGGGAGACCUGGAGGACCAAACAAAAGCUGACCUCUGUGUGACCUCGUCUGUGAGCCUGGGAUCACAGGCCAGAGGUCUCCACAGCCUGAACGCCCAGAUCCCCUCCCUGCUCUCCAUGCCCACCAGGAACCACAUGGACAUCACCAUCCCACCUCUCCCUGCCGUGGCCCCCGAGGUCCUGCGGGUGGCCGAGCACAGACACAAGAGGGGCCUUAUGUACCCCUACAUCUACCACGCUCUCACCAAGGGAGAGAUUAAGCUAUCAGUCACCAUUGAAGAUGAAGCAAACAAAGACCUGCCUUCAGCAGUGCAGCUGUUUCGGCCUAUCCGUCAGUAUGUUUACGGAGUGCUCUUCAGCCUGGCCGAGGCCAGGAAGAAGGCUGAGCGACUUGCCAUGAGGAAGAACUGCCUCCCUGAAUACACACACGUCAUGGUCAAAGAGUGGGCCGCCUACAAAGGCAAGUCUCCCAACACUCCAGAGCUGGUGGAGGCCCUGCCCUUCAGGGAGUGGACCUGUCCCAACCUGAAGAAGCUGUGGCUGGGGAAGGCCGUGGAGGACAAGAACCGCAGGAUGAGAGCGUUCCUGGCCUGCAUGCGCUCCGACACUCCGGCUAUGUUGAACCCUGCCAGCGUCCCCACGCCGCUCUUGGUGCUCUGUUGUGUGCUGCGGUUUAUGUUACAUUGGCCAGGAUUAAGAAUUUUGCGUCGUAACGAACUUGACGCUUUCCUAGCCCAAGCACUUUCUCCUAAACUUUACGAGCCUGACCAGCUGCAGGAACUGAAGAUCGACAACCUGGACGCUCGAGGAGUCCAGCUGGCCGCUCUGUUCAUGAGCGGAGUGGACAUGGCUCUGUUUGCUAACGACGCGUGCGGACAGCCUAUUCCCUGGGAGCACUGCUGUCCCUGGAUGUACUUUGAUGGCAAGCUGCUGCAGAGUAAACUCGUCAGGGCCAACAGGGAGAAGGCCCAGCUCAUUGACCUCUGUGAUGGUCAGGCUGAGCUGGUUGCCAAGGUGGAAAAGAUGCGUCAGAGCAUCCUGGAGGGUCUCAGCUUUACUCGGCCACCUCAUCCUCCUCCAUUCCCCCCGCCGCCACUUCCACCUCCUCACGGGAUGCCUUUCUACCCCCCUUCUGGCUCCUACUACCCCCCACCUCCUAUGAUGCCUCCUCAGGGGAGGGGCAGAGGGAUGCCUGGACUUCAAGGGAUGUCAUCGCAGGGUGGGAAGCUGGAGAUAGCCGGCACUGUGGUGGGUCAGUGGGCUGGAACUCGACGCAGCCGAGGAAGAGGAGGCUUCCCUGUCCAGGUGGUGUCUGUUGGUGGACCAAAUAGAGGUCGUCCCAGAGGUGUGAUAUCCACGCCCGUCAUUCGGACGUUUGGUCGGGGAGGCAGGUACCACGCUCGAGCCUUCAAGAGUCAGGGAGCGUACCUGAGUAAGCCUGCUCAUAAGCCUGCUCAUACAUGUGGACAUGAUGCAGCAAAGGAGAGAAAGAAGCCCAAGCCAGAGGAGAGGGAAUCCUCCCCUGUACCGUGUGACGGCUCAACCACAGAGAACGGCGUGGAGGACAAAGAGCCGGACCAGCUGAAUGGGGAUAAAGAGGAAUGCAGGGCUCUCAUCCAACCUGAAAGUGCCUUUAGCAGUGACUCCAAGACGUGCAAUUCUAAUCCUCACUUAAAUGCACUAAAUGUAGACAGCGGCUGCUAUAGAGAUGAAGGUCUGGAGGCCGCCGUCUUAAAAAAAGAAGAGUAAGCCUAUUUUUCUAGAGAGGGUGAAGGAUGAAAGAUGGAAUGGGGUUAGGACAUCUGGAAAUUUUGAAAGCCUACAGUCGAUGUACAUUUUUCCUCUUGAGACAAAGUGAAGAGAUGAAAUUCAAAUCCCUCUCAGUAAACACACGAGAUACAUGACACACUGCUAGUUUAACGAGUUGUUCACUCCCUCAUCACCAAGGUUUCUCCAUGGUUAUGAGAAUGAUACUUUUCCUCUUCAUUAGGAUAUUAAAGCUUCUAGAAGCUUUAAUUCUAAAAUCUUUUUGUUCUUAUAGGUUGAUAAUCCUCCAGUACUUGGCACCAUGUGUUCGUCAUAGCACGGUUAUCAAUUUUGUGUUGUCACGGUAACUGCUUGAUGAAAACUAAACGUGUAAUGAGGAAGCAAAAUGCAAUGCAUCCGCCUUGGUCAGCACUUUGGGUUUGGUUCAUAUUUAAGUCACUGUGUUCGUUAGUUCAGAUGAGCUUUAUAUAAUUUCAGUCGUUUAGGUGUAAGUAACAUUUCAAGAAAUGGCUCUAAAAAUCAGAUGCAAAAGCCUUGCCAAACUCUCAUCUUGGUUUCUUGAAUCAAAUGUAGAGCUGUAGUAUUACUGCUUCAACAAAAAAAAAAAAAAACAACCUUCUGCAUGGUUCACAGUUUAAGAGGUGUGUAGUUAUUAUGCAUGUUGUCCUUUUUCCUCCAUCUUUACAAGUACAGUGCCCUUUGCAAAUUAAAGAAAUGGCUAACAUCACUGAUAGCCUAUAAAAGGUGUUAACUGUUAGUAACAGAUUUGUUCUGACCUCGAUUUGUUUGUGAUAUUGACCUCUGCUGCAUUUAAUUACAAAAAAAAACGAAGUUAUCUAGCCACUUUGGAAUAAUGUAUUCACACUAUAUUGUUCUCUGUUGCUGUUUUCUGCAUUAGUCAAAUAUCUGAAAAAAUCCCAUAAAAAGCUUUGAUCAGAAUCACCCCUUUUGUAGCCUGAAGCAAUGUGCUCGACCUUCCAAUUAAGACUUUAGCCGUCAGCCGGUAAUCAGUUCUGAGAUUUACUUUAGUGUUGUUUUUGCAGUCGUACUACUUUUACACCAGAAUCAUCAUUUAACAUUUCAGCUUAAUUCUCCUCAAUUUUCCUUCACAUCUUUCAUUAGUGAUCAGAGAAACGGUGUAUUCCCCCGGUCCCUCCCGCAAGAGCUAAAUAGGUUACCUUCUAUGUAAGUUGAUCAGUUUCUUCCUAACUCAUGGAUUGUGAAAGAAUGAACUGCUGUUGGAUUUGAUUGAAUGUUGACGGAUUGUGGCGUGGUGUAUUUGAAGGCGAC